UCAGUUGCCAGUAGCUACUGAGGCUAGCAGUCAACCGGAUGACGAUUCGACGAUUGACGUCGAAUGUAUGCUUGUCAUUGGAUAUGAAUUUUUUUCAAAGAUGGUUCUGUAAUAUCCUCGUUAGUGUACAGUUUGCUGAGAAACGGACGGUUGAUAUGACAGUAUUUCUUUCCGACACAGGUAACAAUUGGACCCAGUAGAAGCAAAAGCCACUACCAUGUAUUCGGAAUGGAGGUCUCUGCACCUGGUGGUGCAGAGCGACCUAGGCCACCUGAGUGUCCUUCACUCGUACCCUCCGGUGGUGGGGCGUGACGUGGCCAAUGCAGUGGUUAGACCUCUGGGGGUGACCCUGGGCACCCUGUCCACCGAUAGCCUGCUCAAGACCGACAAAGAGGUGAAGUGGACAAUGGAGGUGCUGUGCUACGGCCUGACCCUGCCUUUGGACGGGGACACGGUUAAGCUGUGCGUGGACGUCUACACGGACUGGAUCAUGGCGCUGGUCGCUCCGCGCGACUCCAUCCCCCAGCCAAUCGCCAAGGAGCCCAACCUCUACGUGCAGACCAUCCUCAAACACCUCCACAACCUAUUCCUGCCCAGGCCGGAGCAUUACAGCCCCAUGCACUUCCGGCUGUGCCAACAGGUGCUGACGGCGGUGCAAAAGCUGGCCAGGGAAUCGGGCGGCGGCAUGGCCCGGGAGACCUGGGAGGUGCUGCUGCUCUUCCUGCUGCGAAUCAACGACACCCUGCUGGCCCCACCCACAGUUGGAGGUGGGAUAGCGGAGAAGCUGGCUGAGAAGCUGAUCAGCGUGCUGUUUGAGGUGUGGUUCCUGGCCUGCAUGCGCUGCUUCCCCACACCGCCCUACUGGAAGACGGCCAGGGAGAUGCUGGCCAACUGGAGGCACCACCCCCCCGUGGUGGAGCAGUGGAGCAAGGUCAUCGCCGCCCUCACCUCCAGACUGUUGCGGUUCACCUACGGUCCAUCCUUCCCUCCGUUCAAAGUCCCAGAUGAGGACGCCAACAUGAUCCCUACUGAGAUGGACAACGACUGUGUGGCUCAGACCUGGUUCCGUUUUCUUCACAUGCUGAGUAACCCGGUGGACCUUAGCAACCCGCUGACGGUCAGCUCUACGCCAAAGUUCCAGGAGCAGCUGCUGGGGGUGAGCGGCGUGCCCCAGGAGGUGAUCCAGCAGCAUCCCUGUCUCAAUCAGCUGCCCCAGAUCUUCUUCAGGGCCAUGCGGGGGGUCAGCUGCCUGGUAGAUGCCUUCCUGGGUGUCUCCCGUCCCCGGUCGGACAGUGCCCCGCCCACCCCUGUCAACAGACUGAGCAUGCCGCCGCCCACCACCAACACCACGCCCCCUCACAACCGUCGCCACAAACCCACAGGGGUCACAAAGACAGCCAGUAAAACCUCAACGGCAAGCAUAACACACCAACCCAAAGUGUCCCACCAGCCGUCCUCCACCUCCCCCCUGUCCAGCCCCAACCAGACCAGCUCGGAGCCCCGGCCGCUGCCUGCCCCCACCAGGCCAAAGGUCAACAGUGUCCUCAACCUUUUUGGCCAGUGGCUUUUUGACGCCGCGCUGGUGCACUGCAAGCUCCACGCAGGCCUGAGCCGGGACAACAGCAUGACUGCCCUGGCCACUCAGACAGGUGUGGAGCUGAGGAGGAAGGGCUCCCAGAUGUCCACAGAUACCAUGGUGUCCAAUCCCAUGUUCGACGCCAACGAGUUCCCCGACAACUACGAGUCGGGCCGGGCCGAGGCCUGUGGAACCCUCUGUAGGAUCUUCUGCAGCAAGAAGACUGGCGAGGAGAUACUGCCCGUUUAUCUGUCCAGGUUCUACAUGGUUCUGAUCCAGGGCCUCCAGAUCUCCGACUACAUCUGCCGACCGGUGCUGGCCAGCAUCAUCCUCAACUCCUCAGCCCUCUUCUGCUCCGAUAUUAAGGGCAUCAAUGUGGUGGUCCCCUACUUCAUCUCAGCCCUGGAGAACGUCCUCCCUGACCGAGAGCUGUCAAAGUUUAAGACAUACGUGAACCCCACUGACCUGAGGAGAGCCUCCAUUAACAUCCUGUUGUCCAUGCUGCCUCUGCCACACCACUUUGGCAAGGUCAAGUCAGAGGUGCUCUUGGAGGGCAAGUUUAGCAAUGAUGACAACUCGCUGCAUGACAAAGCCGUCACCUUCCUCUCCUUCAAGCUGCGAUUGGUCAACAUCCUAAUAGGAGCGCUACAGACGGAGACGGACCCCACCAAUACGCAGAUGAUCCUGGGUGCCAUGCUCAACAUUGUCCAAGACUCUGCUCUCCUGGAGUCCAUCGGUGCCCAAGCGGAGGUGGGCAGUGUGGAUGGCAGCCAUGCUCUGGCUAAAAGCCACAGCAGGAACAACAGUGGCAUCAGCAACGCCAGCGGGGGCAGCUCUGAGGCCACCACCCCCGACAGCGAGAGGCCCGCCCAGGCCCUCCUCAGAGACUACGCUCUCCACACAGAUACAGCCGCCGGCCUACUGAUCCGCAGCAUCCACCUGGUCACCCAGAGGCUCAACUCCCAGUGGAGGCCCGACAUGAGCAUCUCCCUGGCCGCCCUGGAGCUGCUGGCCGGCCUAGCCAAGGUGAGGGCGAGUGUGGAGUCUGCAGACCGUAAACGUGCAGUCAGCUCGGUGUGCAGUUAUAUCGUGUAUCAGUGCAGCCGGCCGGCCCCCCUCCACUCCCGAGACCUGCACUCUAUGAUCGUGGCGGCCUUCCAGUGCCUGUGUGUGUGGCUGACAGAGCACCCCGACAUGCUGAAUGAAAAGGACUGUUUGAUAGAGGUGCUGGAGAUCGUGGAGCUGGGAAUAUCGGGCAGCAAGUCUAAGACCAGUGACCAGGAAGUGCGGUACAAAGGGGACAAGGAGCACAAUCCGGCCUCCAUGAGGGUGAAGGAUGCUGCCGAGGCCACCCUGUCAUGCAUAAUGCAGGUCCUGGGGGCGUUCCCGUCGCCCAGUGGCCCUGCCUCCCCCUGCAGCCUGCUGAACGAGGACACCCUGAUCAAGUACUCCAGGCUGACCUCUACCAGCCGCAAGAACUUCCGCUACUUUGUCCUAGACAACUCUGUCAUCCUGGCCAUGCUGGAGCAGCCGCUGGGCAACGAACAGACAGAUCCCUGUCCAUCCGUGACCAUGUUGAUAAGGGGGAUGUCUGGGAGACAUGCCUGGACCAUGCAGCUCUUCCACCAACCCAGGGGGGCCCGUGCCAGCCAGAAGCAGGUGUUUAUCCCAGAGAGUCGGCCCACUCCCAAAAAUGAUGUGGGGAUCCGGUUGAACGUCAAACACAGACCCUUCCCAGAAGAAGUGGACAAAAUUCCAUUUGUGAAAGCAGACCUGAGCAUUCCGGACCUACACGAUAUCGUAGAUAAGGAGCUGGAGAUGCAGCACGACAAGCUGCGAGGUGUGAUGGCCAAGCAGAUCGAGUACGAGACGAUGCUGGAGCACGGCAGCGAGGAGCGCUGGAGCAGCAAGAGCUUCCCAGACGUGCUAACGGACUGCAAGCCCCCGACUCCCUCGCAGGAGUUCCAGACGGCCCGCCUCUUCCUGUCGCACUUUGGCUUCCUGUCACUGGAGGCACUCAAGGAGCCCGGCAACAGUCGCCUACCUCCCCACCUGAUUGCACUGGACUCUGGGUUGCCGGGCUUCUUUGACGACAUGAGCUACCUGGACCUGCUGCCCUGCCGGCCCUGCGACACAGUCUUCCUCUUCUACAUGAAGGCCGGCCAAAAGAGCAGCCAGGAGAUCCUGAGAAAUGUGGAGUCGAGCGCCAACGUGCAGCAUCACUUUCUGGAGUUCCUGAUGUCGCUGGGCUGGCCCGUGGAGGUGGGGCAGCACCCGGGCUGGACAGGCAGCGUCUACACUAGCUGGUCCAUCAACAACCACAACAACAAUGGAGACAGCAUCCAACCAGAUGAUACUAUCACCCUGGGAGACACGGGCGGGGGCGUGUUCAAUGGAGAGAAGCGGGUGCUGUACUACGCCGACGCCCUGACCGAGAUCGCCUUUGUCGUUCCCUCGCUCACAGACUCCUCCGCUGAGUCAUCGGAAAGCAGUUUCCCCACAGUGGAUUCUGACUCUCAGAUGGAACUGCUACCCAACCUGCUGAAACAGUCCAACCUCACACUGGAGCUCUUCCCCAACCACUCUGACAACGUGGCACCCGCACAGAGGAGUCCUACGGUGAAGUGUAAGAAGAUGCCUCCCGGCAGGACCAUCCCUCCAAUGGGACCAGAGACCAAAGUACUGGUGGUCUGGGUGGAGCGCUACGAUGAUAUCGAGAACUUUCCCCUGGCUGACCUGCUGGUAGAGACGAGCACUGGAGUGGAAACCACGGCCAACAGUAGCACCUCAACAAGACCCACGACGUCCGGUCAGGAUGUGCAGGUGAUCUUCAUCCACCCUCUGAAGACGGGCCUGUUCCGGAUCCGCCUGCAUGGGGCCCUGGGAAAGUUCAGCAUGGUCGUCCCCCUGGUGGACGGCAUGGUAGUCAGCAGGAGGUCACUAGGGUUCCUGGUAAGGCAGACGGUGAUAAACGCGUGCCGGCGGAAGCGGCUGGAGAGUGACUCGUACAACCCUCCACACGUGCGUCGGAAACAGAAGAUCGCCGAGGUGGUGAACCGCUACCGCAACAAGCAGCUGGAGCCCGAGUUCUAUACCGCGCUCUUCCAGGAGGUUGGCGUAAGCAGCCUCGACCGUGACCCCACCCCCGAUGAACUUUGAACUUUCACCUCCCUCCCCACAAGGACUGCAAAGAUUCUUUAUAUUUAUAAAAUGUUUAUCUUCUUCUUUACUUUGUUAUUUAUAUUAUCAGCACUUGGUGGCCACGUUCCAAAUUGACAAUUUAGUUUUUCCCCACCCCGCGCUGCAACACUGCUCAUCUGCAACUUACUCUAGUUCUACCCAAGCCUUGUAGGACUCUUUGAUGGGGUCUGGUUGUGGUACUAACCUCACCUGACUCCGAGGCGUCAGGCUUGGGCAAAGGAAGCACCUUUAGCUGUGAGGAGAGGGUAUAUGCUUAAACAACUGACUAUAAACUUGUGACACGGCACGUGGCAAAGUGAUUGCUGUCGGCGCUCAAUUCAAAAUGGCUUCCACUCUGUGGCUGUGACUAGUUCCCACAGCCUUCUCACUGUGGUUUUUCAAGUCCGAUUCUUCUGUUUGCUUUUCUAUGAAAUGCAUCAGUCUGUCCAUUUCCCAUAUUUAACAGUUUUUUUGUUUAUUAUGUUGGUCUGGAAUGGAAAAGAGAGGUCAAAACAUCCAACUUUUUCAUUGACGAAACAACGACACUACAAAAACUAAUAUUUACAAAACUCAAAUCUCACUUCAGUAAAUUGUCAUUUUUUACUUUUGGUUCUCUCUUCCCACAAACAUAAUUGUACCAGUUAGCUAAAAUGUAUAGUUCUGCUUUUACUUUAAAUCUCAGGUAGUUUGAGCCUUUUAUAUUCAUCGGUAUCUGGGUUGUUUUCUUUAGGCACGAAAAUGAAAAAAAUAUAUAUACUAAAAUAGGGAGAGACUAGCGGAACUUGUAUGUUUUUCCAUUGCAAACCAUUUUGCUACUGUGCCCUAAUGAAUGCGACCUUGGUAAUGUACUCAAUGCACUCCCAACCAACUGUGACUAGAGUCUGGUUUCAAUAAUGGACUUUUUUUGGCAUAGAGAAAAUACACCACUGCCUACGCCACUACUUUAUCUGCUUGAAUAAAAUACAAAAUAGUAGCUAGCAAGAUGAAGAUCACAGAGGUCAUUUUUAAUGAGUGCAUUUCGCAAGUGGCUAGUUUGCAUCAACUACCUUAAUUGAAACCCCUGCAAAGGUGUUGCCUACCAACUGGUUUUGAAUUGCAAUGUUCUGGCAUGUCUGUCUUGUCAUUUUUGGGGAGAGUCCCCAGAUAUGGUUUAUUUUACUUAUCGACGUAAGCAGUGACGUACAGUAGUUAUUCUAUCCCAAAAUAUUCCGUAAUUUAAAAACAGACCCUAGUCACUGUGUCGCCACGGGUCGGGUUUUCGAGACUAACAAACUGACCUUGUUUUGGGCUUUUAGUGCACUCUAAAACGUGUGGCAUUUCACAUUCACUGAAGCUGAUGGUGGUCUCGAUAUGGAACUUCAGGAAGUCAAAAUCACUGAUGGAUUAUACUUUUUUUUGGUAUGGAUUUGAAAAUGAAAUCCUUUAUAGGUUUGUUUCUUCCCGUGUCAGAUAAAAAUGCUAAGUAUGUAUACAUAUAAAAUACAUUUUGAUUGGUGAUAUAAAAGGUGAGUUUCAGUUGAUUGUUUGUUAUUCACAGUUGGAAAUAUGAUGAUCUUGGUUAGUUGAAAAAAAUGAUUUGUCACGAGCACUGUGUUUAACAUCCCAUUCCAGAUGUGAUACUUCAGAAGCUGAUACAUGCCGCCAUUUUAUGUCUAUAAUAUUUCCAUGCCAAUAUGUCCAGCCUAGAACCAAAUUCAGAGCAUUAAGUCACUAAUGUGUAGCUGCAGAGGUUGUACUCAUCUUUUUUAAGUGUCUUUAUUUGUGUUCGACUUCGAGACAACAUAACUUAUCGCUAUUAAGGGCUGAAACAUCAGUUUUGUCAAGUUAUUUUUGCAAUGUUCUGUUAAGGGUUGGACGGAUGCAACUGACGGUUCACUACUGUGUAUGCCACUGGAUCUGUCUUAGACACAGAUUUUAUACAUUGAACAAAAAUAUAAACUCAACAUGCAACAAUUUUAAGAUAUUACUUAGUUACAGUUCAUAUAAGGAAAUCAGUUCAUUUAAAUACAUUCAUUAGGCCCUAAUCUAUGGAUUUCACAUGACUGGGAAUACAGAUAUGCAGCUGUUGGUCACAUAUACAGUGCAUUCAGACCCCUUGACUUUUUCCACAUUUUGUUACGUUACAGCCUUCUCCUACAAUGGAUUAAAUCGUUUUUCCCUCAUUAAUCUACACACAAUACCCCAUAUUGACAAAGCAAUAACAGUGUUUUUGCAGCCAUGAGUCUUCUUGGGUAUGACUCUACAAGCUUGGCACACCUGUUUUUGGGGAGUUUCUCCCAUUCUUCUCUGCAACUCCUCUCAAGCUCUUUCAGGUUGAAUGGGGAGCAUUGCUUCACAGCUAUUUUCAGGUCUCUCCAGAGAUGUUAGAUCGGGUUCAAGUCUGGGCUCUGGCUGGGCCACUCAAGGACAUUCAGAGACUUGUCCCGAAGCCACUCCUGUGUUGUCUUGGCUGUGGGCUUAGGGUUCUUGUCCUGUUUGAAGGUGAACGUUCACCCCAGUUUGAGGUCCUGAGUGCUCUGGAACAGGUUUUCAUCAAGGAUCUCUGUACUUUGCUCCGUUCAUCCUUCCCUCAAUCCAGACUAGUCUCCCAGUCCCUGCCAUUGAAAAACAGCCCACAGCAUAAUGCUGUCACCACCAUGCUUCACCGUAGGGAUGGUGCCAGGCCUCAUUCCGGCCAAAGAGUGCAAUCGUGGUUUUAUUAGACCAGAGAAUCUUGUUAGGUACCUUUUGGCAAACUCCAAGCGGGCUGUCAUGUUCCUUUUUCUGAGGAGUGGCUUCCGUCUGGCCACUCCACCUAAAGGCCUGAUUGGUGGAGUGCUGCAGAGAUGGUUCUACCAUCUCCACAGAGGAACUCUGGAGCUCUGUCAGAGUGACCAUUGGUCACCUCCCUGACCAAGGCCCUUCUCCCCCGAUUGCUCAGUUUGACCGUGCGGCCAGCUCUAGGAAGAGUCUUGGUGGUAACAAACGUCUUCCAUUGAAGAAAGAUGAAGGCCACUGUGUUCUUGGGGAUCUUCAAUGCAGCAGAAAUGUUUUGGUACUCUUCUCCAGAUCUGUGCCUCGACACAAUCCUGUCUUGGAGCUCUACGGACAAUUCCUUCGACCUCAUGACUUAGUUUUUGCUCUGACAUGCACUGUCAACUGUAGGACCUUAUAUAGACAGGUGUGUGCCUUUUUCAAAUCAAGGUCAAUCAAUUGAAUUUACCACAUGUGGACUCCAAUCAAAUUGUAGAAACAUCUCAAGGAUGAUCAAUGGAAACAGGAUGCACCGGAGCUCAAUUGAGUCUCAUAGCAAAGGGUCUGAAUACUUAUGUAAAUAGGGUAUGGAUCAGAAAACCAGUCAGUAUCUGGUGUGACCACCAUUUGCAUCAUGCAGUGCAACACAACUCCUUUGCAUAGAUUUGAUCAGGCUGUUGAUUGUGGCCUGUGGAAUGUUGUUCUACUCUUCAAUGGAAGUUGCUGGAUAUUGGUGGGAACUGGAAGACGCUGUCAUACACGUUGAUCCAGUGCAUCCCAAACAUGCUCAAUGGGUGAUAUGUCGGGUGAGUGCAGGCCAUGGACGAAGUGGAAAUGUUUUUAGAUUGUGUACAGAUCCUUGCGACAUGGGGCCGUGCAUCAUCAUUCUGAAAUAUGAAUGGCACAACAAUGGGCCUCAGUAUCUCUUCACGGUAGUACCUCUGUGCAUUCAAAUUGCCAUCGAUAAAAUGCAUUGUGUUCAUUGUCUGUAGCUUAUCCCUGCCCAUACCAUGACCCCACCGCCGCCAGGGGUCACUCUGUUCACAACGUUGACAUCAGCAAACCACUCUCCCACACAAAUGCCAUACAUGCUAUCUGCCAUCUGCCCGGUAAAGUAACCGAGAUUAAUCCGUGAAAAGUACACUUCUCCAGCGUGCCAGUGGCCAUCGAAGGUGAGCAUUUGCCCACUGAAGUCGUUUACGAUGCCGAAUUAAAGUCGGGUCAAGACCCUGGUGAGGACAACGAGCACGCAACGCAGUUCAGCUUCCCUGAGAUGGUAUCUGAGAGUUUGUGCAGCCCAGAUCCUGGUCUGGUGUGGUUACACGUGGUCUGUGGUUGUGAGGCCGGUUGGACGUAAUAAUUCUCUAAAACAAGGUUGGAAGCGGCUUAUGGUAGAGAAAUUAACAUUCAAUUCUCUGGUAAUAGUUCUGGUGGACAUUCCUGCCACUUUACAUGUUGCGUUUAGAUUUUUUUAUUAUAUGUAAAAUAACUAGGUCUUUUGCAUGAUAUUUGUGGUGAUCCACUGUGACAUUUGGAUCUUCUGAAAAUAAGAUUUCCUCCACUUUCGUUCCAUAGAUCACUGAUUGUGUUACAUUUAAUUAGAAAAGAUUUACAUGUUCUUUACUGUUAAAGGAAAAGCUCAAUCGUACUACAGACUGACCAAUUUAAAGACUUACUGUAUCUGGGGAAGCUAAAAGCUCAUUUGAGUUAUGUUUUUCCCCCAGAAUAAUAUUAGUCAUUUUUUUAGGUUAUUUGCUUUUUGUCCUGUGUUUUUAUGAGGAUCAAGAGGGGGAAAAAAUACAAGAAUGUAAAUUCAGUAAAAUGUUAGCCCAGUCCCAGACCUGUUUGUGCUGUAUUAAUUCCAACAUAAGAAUUUGUGUUUUCCAGCACAAACAGAUCUGCGACCAGGCUAGUAAAAUGUCCCAUAAGGCAUAAAUUCUGGUGUCAAUUUCCUAGUGUCAAGUUUUUAAAAUCUGGAAUGUCCACUCUAUUGCUGAUCAAAUGGCUUCAAUUAAUAUCAAUUAUCAAAUUAAUCGAUACUCUAGCCAGCUAUUGUGCACUGCAAAUAUUCUACCAACUCGAUGGAGCCACAUGGAACGGAAAUAGAUUUUGUCCCGUUCUUCGUAAACGUCUAAUUUGUUCUGUAAAUAUUGAAGGUAUCAACUUGAAUAAAGUUGGAAGAUAUGUACAUACUGAGCGCGUGAAGUACAUUUCAGUCGUCUGUCCCUCCAUUACGAAAGGCACAAAAACUGCUUGUUUGUAUUUAUGCCGUUUUAUUAUGUGUCCAUAAGAAACACAUUGGAUAUUGAAUGUAACACAAUGUAACGAAUAAAGAUUUUAAUGAACUUUU